UAUAUCGCUCGUCGCUUUCGCCGUUUCUCAGUUCCCCUUCUCAGAGAGCUACAGAGACACCCAAGUCCCUUCUGGGUUUCCAUUGUUCGCGUUCCAAUCCCAAUCUUUGCUGAGAAGAUGGUGGGACCUGGGCUUUACACCGACAUCGGCAAGAAAGCCAGAGAUCUUCUGUACAGGGAUUACCAGAGCGACCAUAAGUUCACCAUCACCACCUUCUCUCCCACUGGAGUGGCUAUCACUUCUUCAGGAACGAAGAAAGGUGAGCUGUUUCUGGCUGAUGUGAAUACUCAGUUGAAGAACAAGAAUGUCACAACUGAUGUCAAAGUUGACACCGACUCCAAUCUGUCCACCACUAUUACGGUUGAUCAACCUGCUCCUGGCCUGAAGGCAAUCUUUAGCUUCAAAGUUCCUGAUCAGAGGUCUGGCAAGGUGGAACUCCAAUAUCUGCAUGACUAUGCAGGGAUAAGCUCCAGUGUUGGUUUGACAGCGAACCCUAUUGUUAACUUCUCUGGUGUUAUUGGAACCAAUCAGCUUGCACUUGGUACUGAUCUGUCAUUUGACACCAAGACCGGGAAUUUGACUAAAUGCAAUGCUGGACUGAGCUUCUCCAAUGCUGAUCUAGUCGCUGCAUUGACCCUGAAUGAUAAAGGUGACAUCCUCAGUGCAUCCUACUAUCACAGUGUCAAUCCCCUUUCCAACACAGCUGUUGGCGCUGAGGUGACCCACAGGUUUCCUACCAACGAGAAUACCAUCACUCUUGGCACCCAGCAUGCCCUGGAUCCAUUGACAUCCAUUAAGGCACGCGUAAACAACUUUGGCAAAGCAAGUGCCCUGAUCCAGCACGAGUGGCGCCCAAAGUCAUUCCUCACUGUUUCAGGAGAGGUAGACACCAAGGCCAUUGAGAAGAGCGCCAAGAUUGGGUUGGCUCUUGCUCUCAAGCCAUGAGCGGGUUUAUUGCUCACUGCGGCAGGGAGCAGAGGUAGAGCGUAAUAUAGUUGUCUUUCCAGGCUGACAUUUCUUUGGUUCUAAAUGUUUCUUUUUUUUCUUGGAACAAGUCCAUAUGGUAGGGGAAAUCGUUCUGUUUUGAUGGCUUCGGUUUGUAAAAAUAAAAAUUCGAUGGUUUCAGACAUGUUUUGCGACCGUUUUCAUGCUUGCGUUAGCGGAGGAUGAUGAAGCCUGGUAGUCUUCAAAUGUUGUUACCAUUUUUCGUGGCUGUUUCGGCUCUUCUUUUCUUCCUCCUAUAAUCAAUGAUAUUUCGGCCUUCGUUGGCAUCUUGAA